UUCAACUCAGAGCAAAUAGGGUGUACAAAACCUCUACAUCACAUUUAACAAUAUUUCCCUCCAGAUUCCCUUUCCCUUCCUGCGGUUUUAGUCACUCAUUUUCAGAAGCAGAGUCUGAGUUUUGACGUGAGGAUGGACCACACCUUGUUCUGUGUGCUACAGUUAUUCUUAAUAAGCACUCUCUUCUGCUGUGGACACACUCAAGAUGCUGAAUUGACCCUUGAACCCAAUUCAUCCCAUCUGUUUGUGGGAGAGUGUGUAAUCUUCACAUGUGGCAUGAAAGGAGGAAGUGGGAAAGACUGGCUCUACGAAUUCAGCAGGAAUGGUCAACCAGUUGUCGCCAUCAACACAAACAACUCCUACUCCCUGAACCUAACAGCAGACCUGAGUGGGGAUUAUUGGUGCGUCGGUCAUCACAAGGGCUCUGCACGUUCCACAAAUCAGAGUAACACCAUCACUUUAUCAGUAUCAGCCCACAAACCCACAGCCGCUGUGACAGCAGAGAGAGGAACCAUUCCAGAUGGCGGCACCGUGAAACUCAGCUGCUCUGUUGAAGACUCGGCUGAGUGGAAAUACGACUGGUUCAAGCAACAUCCAGGCUCCAACAAAGCUGCAGUAAAGAUGGAUGCUGCACAAAACUUCAUCAACAUCUCAAGUGAAGGAAUUUACUGGUGCAGAGGAAGAAGAGGAAACCCAGUUUACUUUACAAAACAAAGUGAAGGCUAUUACAUUGAAAAAAAUUUGCCCAACAGUGUUGCUGUGACUUUGCGGCACAACUGGACUGAGAUAUUCAAGGGUGAGACGAUCUCCAUCAGCUGUGAGAUCCAAGGAGGAGCAAACACUGGGUGGGAGUAUGAAUGGAGAACAACAAGCUCAGACAUGACCUCAACGAAAAGGGAAUUCAAAAUCACUGCCCAUGUUUCCUACAGUGGAGAGUACUGGUGUAAAGGUAGAAGGGACUUGUUUUCCUCUACUGAAUGGAGCAACGCAUUCACACUGCAAGUAUCCUAUAAACCCAGGCCAAGACUGACUUCUGAUAAAAGAAUUAUACCAGUGGGUGGCAAUGCAACACUGACCUGCUCAGUGACGAAUCCCGCACAAUGGAAUUACUAUUGGUUCCAACAUACCUCCAACUUUUCUGAAAUUCCAGUAAAUGGAUAUGGAAAACCAGAUAAUGUCAUCAGUGUCUCACAGGGAGGCAUCUACUCCUGCAGAGGAGGCAGAGGAAACCCAGUUUUCUACACAGAAGGCAGUGGUGUAGUCACUAUUGAAAAAAGAGUUUCCAACAGGGCUGUUGUGUCCCUGCAGCCCAAUAACCCUGUGAUAUUCACCGGAGAGAUGAUCACUGUUACGUGUACAGUUGAAGGGGGAAACGCUGGUUGGGUGUAUGGGUGGAGCAAACCCAACUCAGACACAGUUUCCACACAUGAUGGAUUCAGAAUCGUUAAUGCAUCUGCAUCCAGCGGUGGAAACUACAGAUGUAUGGGUACACACAAACAGGACCUGCAUUCCUCGACAGAGUGGAGCGACGUUGUCACGGUGAUAGUUUUAGAACACAGACCAAAGGCUUUCAUCAGUGCUUCCAGCACAGUUCUUCCAGUAGGGGGCAGUGUGACCCUGACUUGUUCAGUGAAGCCAUCAUCAUCUGGUUGGAAAUAUUUCUGGUACAGAGCCAAGGAUACCUCAGAGACCCUGCCAGGACAAGAGGUGGAUUCCUCCUCUGAUGGGGAAAUUACUGUCUCACAGGAAGGACUGUACUGGUGCAGAGGAGGAAGAGGAGAUCAGAUGUACUUCACAGAGAACAGUGUUUCAGUUAACAUUAACAAAAUGGUCACAAAUCGGCCUGUUGUGACUCUGCAACCUAACUGGCCUACCAUUUACUACGGAGAGACAAUCACGUUGCGAUGUGAGAUCCAGGGAGGUCACACAGACUGGGUCUAUGAAUGGAUGACUACCAGCUUUCAUUUACCCCCAAACCAAGCUGAGCACAGAAUUACUUUUUAUUAUUCACACAGUGGCUCCUACUGGUGUAAAGGCAGGAAGAAAAAUGCUCCACAGAUUGCAACUAGUUGGAGUGCUUCUUUAAAACUACCACGCGAUUAUUACGAAACCCAGCCCGUCCUCUCUGUGUCUCCAUCAUGGCUGAGUCCUGGAUCCUCAGUAACUCUGACAUGUGGGGUUGAAAAUCCAUCUGCAGGAUGGAGGUUCUACUGGUAUAAAGCUGUUCCUCGUCUGUUUGGUGCUUGGUAUUUGUUGCGUUCUGCUUACAGACAUGAAUCAUUACCUGGGCACACGAGCGGGACUGGAGAAAAUUCCUUCAUCAUUCAUGGACAAACAAAAACAGCAGGAUAUUCAUGUAGAGCUGGAAGAGGAGACCCAGUGUAUUACACUGAUCACAGUGAACCAAAGUUCAUCUGGUCGGGAGAUUUUGAUCCAGCAGCAUCUCUCACAGUGAAUCCCGACAGCGUUCAACACUUCACCUCUGACACUGCCUCACUGACCUAUGAUAAAAUCUCCGCUGAUUGGAAGCCAAUGACUUUUCCACUGGAAAGCCACUAUUUUUAUUUUCAUUUUUUUGACGAGUGUAUGUUCUAUAGUAACACAUGUGACAUAGUCAAAUACCAUCCCUAUAAAGGAGUCCACUGGCUUGAGUCUCGAUCAGGAGAGUUUAGCAAUGCGAUCAACAUUACUAUACAUGAUGGAGAUGUAAUCCUGGUGAGUCCUGUCCAUCCUGUCAGUGAGGGAGAGUCUGUCACACUUGGCUGCAAACUGAGGAGAGGAAAUUUUACAUCCACCGUUGCUUUUUACAAAAAUGACAAAGUGAUCCAGAACAGUGAGAAACAGCAGCUGAAGAUUCCUGCAGUCUCAAAGUCAGAUGAAGGUUUCUACUGGUGUGAACAUUCAGGGGAAGUAUCACCACAGAGCUGGAUGCCAGUAAAAUCAUCCACUCCUAGUUUUUCUGUGUCCUGGACUGUUGGAUUGGUCGUUGGUGUUUUACUGGCUGCUCUCCUGAUGCUGCUGCUCGUAUUUUGGAACAAAACACUUCGUAGCAGGCUCACAAAGUCUCAGAUAACCAACCAGGCCUCUACAGUCCAAACUGUCAACCAGGAUGGAAAUCAGCAGCAGAUUUACUCCUCUCUUCUCCAUGGUGAUGCAAGCGUCUAUGAGUCAAUCAGAAAUGCUGAAAACACACGACAUGAAAUAUGUGGGGAUCCAAAGGAGGACUCUGACUAUAAUAAUGUCAUUCCAGGCAUGCAUACAGGCCAAUAAUACGGUGUCAUCUAUAAAGCAACACAACACCUGGAUGACAUGAAAAGCAGGAUUUAAGUUUCAACAUUUGUUGCAGCCAUCCUUUACCUUUUUGUUGUGUAAAUAAUUGUGGCUCUGACUGAAGGAAGGCCAUGAACUGUGACUUAAGAUAAUACAGUGGUAGCCAGCAUUGCAUGUUUCCAGUGUCACCAUGAGUAAUUCUGAGCCAGAUAAAUGUCAGGGUUUUGGAGACUUUGUUUUAGAUUGUAAAGUGAGAUACUUUAUAGCAGGGGUGUCCAAAGUCAGUCCUAGAGGGCCACUGUCCUGCAGGUUUUCAGUGUUUCCUGUUUCAACACACCUGACUUGAAUUAAGUAGAUCCAGCAGCCCAUUAAGUUUUGCACAGCGACUCAUUGAUUUGAGUCAGGUGGUUUUGGAGCAGGGACACAUCAGAAACCUGCAGGAUUGUGGCCCUUGAGGACCGGAGCUGGACACCCCUGUUUUUUAGGACAGAUUAGUUGUAAAAUAGGUUUCAUCACCACAUAAUUUCCCAGACUAGCAUGUUGCUUUCUGAGUCAUACUGGAAAGAUUUCAUUACAUCAAAAUUAUUUUAACUGGAAUUUAUGUGAGUGGGGUAGUCUACUAAAUGAAAAGGGUUCUGACAUCUUAAAACUGGACCAAUACACCCAGAUAACAUAAGUAGGGACUAACUUAAAUCUGGAUGUAUAUGCUGAAUACCCAUGUUAUCCUCACCUGCGCCAGUUUUAUAUUUUCCUACAUAUAUCUUUUUGUAUAAACAGUAAAUACAGUUUCAAUUAAUUAAUCAAUUAAUACAAUUUUAAUUAAUGAAUAAAAUAGUUCCAAUUAACAUAUGUUUGUGUUUCUGAUAGAACACAUGCACAAUAAAUUCUUUAUUA